CACACAACCAAACGCGCGCGGGCACACACACACACACACACACUCUACACCACUUGGUUUGUUCGCAAACGAAGACGGCCGUGUUGGAAACACUUUUUCGUGGUUCAAAUUCACUGCUGCUCACAAUACUUGAUAUGUACCGGCAAGCAGGGAGCGUCUGCCACACUUUUCACAUCUUUCUGGCGAAAGGUGAAAAUUCACGCACAGCAAAAUUGGCCGUUUAAUUCGUGCUCGUUUACACUGCGGCGAAAACCGUCUGUGCCUCUUGGAUCAUAAUCCGUCCCAGUUUUCGAGUGGGGGAAUCAUUUCGCUCCAUGCGGAAACGAACCAUAUGGAUUGCGGAUGCUUCGAUUCGAUUUCUGUGCAGUUUCGCUGGGGGUUUAGUUCUGCCAAAAGAAUUAAGCGAUAUUUUUUACAAUAUUCAUGUGAUCGCGUGCCAGCAAUUUAUUUAGAAAAGCAUCUGUGAGGGAAUUUCAAUCGAUGCGAUCGCAUAGACCACAGCCUAAUACUGAAAAGGCUCUUAUCGAGAAAAAAGACUGUUCGGCUGUCAUCUGUCAGCUGAAGCUGUGGCGAAAAACAAUCAUCUCUUCCGAAACGUCAACAAUGAUGCAGAAAUAGGGGAACAGUUUCGUAGAAAAAGGAACGAAAAAUACACCAACAUUGCAUACAACGCGAUCGUGGACUAUCGCUGCUAUCGAAAACUUUUUUCACAACCAAAUUCCGCAGCAUCCGGAGCCAGCUCGUCCGGGCUCUCGUAGACACAGGCCGUCAUGAUCAAAGCGAUACUGGUGUUCAACAACCAUGGCAAACCGCGACUGUCCAAGUUCUAUCAGUAUUUUAACGAAGACAUGCAGCAGCAGAUUAUAAAGGAAACAUUCCAGCUGGUAUCGAAGCGGGACGACAAUGUGUGCAAUUUCCUCGAAGGUGGAAGCCUGAUCGGUGGUUCGGACUACAAACUCAUCUACCGACACUAUGCGACACUCUACUUUGUGUUUUGCGUCGAUUCGUCGGAAAGCGAGCUGGGCAUACUCGAUCUGAUACAGGUGUUUGUGGAAACGUUGGACAAAUGUUUCGAAAAUGUGUGCGAGCUUGAUCUGAUCUUCCACGCCGAUGCCGUGCAUCACAUUCUCUCCGAGCUGGUCAUGGGUGGCAUGGUGCUGCAGACGAACAUGUCGGACAUACUGGCCCGCAUCGAGGAACAGAACAAGCUGCAGAAACAGGAGGCUGGAAUAUCGGCCGCCCCGGCACGGGCCGUCAGUGCGGUGAAGAGCAUGAACCUGCCGCAGCAAAUUAAAGACAUUAAGCUGCCCGAUUUGCCGCAAGCGAUCAAAGAUCUGAAGUUCUGACCAAACCACAAUUUUGACGCAUCGUUACUCACGAAAAUUUCCGCCGAUUCCUCGUACAUUCCCAUUAACAGCAGCCUGGAGGGCUUUAGUUUCGAGUGCUACCAGUCCGAGUAUGUGGGUGCGACAUCAACCAAGAAGAAGAAGGAUCCGGACGAUGGGGAAUCUUCACCGAGAAGCAGUUUACAGCGCUCGAGCAAACCAAAGUCGUCCAAGAAAUCGAUUGCCUCCAGUGUCACGCUGCUGUCGGCAAGUGCAGAACGCGACGAGGGCUUCUAAUGACCGGUGGCAUAAAGGCGUGCGAAUUUUUCGUUUUUUGGUGCUCUUUAACCCAUCAUUACCAUCGUGCUCCUUCGCUUAUUUAGUUUCUCGCAGGGACCACCUGUUAAACCACCUCGAAAUCGGACAUUCAAUAAUCAGCUGAAAUGGAAGGCUUUAGUUGAAGAAUUCAGGUCAUUUAUAGCUUGAGUUAUAUACAAGAAAGAGAUUUAUCGUAUUGCAACGUUAUCUAAGCAAAUAAUGGAACGUAAGCCAACAUAAUUUCAUAAAAUGAUUGUACAUCGUCUGCAAACUCUGCUCAAUAUUUUGAUGACCGACAUAUUGAGCGUGCCCGGGCAGGACACGGUCCAACACAUCCGAUCUGGAAUUAAAUAUUGACUCGAAAAUCGGA